AAUGCACCGGUUCCGUGACGUCAUCGCAAUGCCCGGUUCGGCGGCGUUCGCCAUUUUGGAAGGUUAUCUGUUUUGUGUUUCUAAAUCGAAAGACAUCGAUUGCGAUUAAUAUUAUAAUAAUAAUUAUCCGUCGAGAGAAAAAAUCAAAAAUAACCUACCUUUUGCUCUCUAUGUGCAUAAUUGCACGGAAAUGGCAGGAAAUGGUGAGAUACAAUGGAGUUUCUCACAAGUGAAAGGUACUUUGGAUGAUGACAUUACAGAAGCUGAUAUUAUUUCUUGUGUGGAAUUUAAUCAUGAUGGAGACCUCUUAGCUACAGGUGACAAAGGUGGAAGAGUAGUAAUAUUUCAAAGAGAUCCAAUUUAUUAUUGCUUAAACACAAAAAUUACUACAUUAAAAUAUUUAUUUUAUGAAAUAGAUAAGACAAUUAAACUAUGGAAGGUGUCUGAACGAGACAAGCAGAUAGACGGAUAUAAUCUGAAGGAUGACAGUGGCCAGUUACGGGAUCCAACAUCAAUAACAUCUCUCAGGGUUCCUAUAGUCAAGCCAAUGGAGCUGAUGGUUGAAGCUAGUCCCAGGCGAAUUUUUGCUAAUGCUCAUACAUACCACAUCAAUUCCAUUUCUGUUAACAGUGAUCAAGAAACAUAUUUGUCUGCUGAUGAUCUUCGUAUUAAUUUAUGGCAUUUAGAAAUUACUGAUCAAAGUUUUAAUAUUGUUGAUAUUAAGCCAACUAACAUGGAGGAAUUGACAGAAGUAAUAACGGCAGCUGAGUUUCACCCUUCUCAGUGUAAUGUAUUUGUGUAUAGUAGCAGUAAAGGAACAAUUAGGUUAUGUGACAUGAGAGCAGCUGCAUUAUGUGAUCAACAUUCUAAAUUAUUUGAAGAACCUGAAGAUCCAACCAAUAAAAGUUUUUUCUCUGAAAUCAUUUCCAGUAUAUCAGAUGUGAAGUUUAGUAAUAAUGGACGUUAUCUAAUAUCCAGAGAUUAUUUAUCUGUGAAAGUUUGGGACUUAAAUAUGGAUACCAAACCUGUAGAAUGUUACCAUAUACAUGAAUAUCUACGAUCAAAACUUUGUAGCCUUUAUGAAAAUGAUUGCAUAUUUGACAAGUUUGAAUGUUGUUGGAAUGGCUCUGAUACUUAUAUUAUGACUGGAUCAUACAACAAUUUCUUUCGCAUAUUCGAUCGUCACACAAAACGUGACGUUAUGUUAGAAGCUUCCAGAGAAAUAGCUAAACCAAAGACUGUUCUUAAACCCAAAAAGGUGUGCACAGGCGGAAAGAGGAAAAAAGACGAAAUAAGUGUAGAUUGUUUAGAUUACACUCGAAAAAUUCUUCAUACAGCAUGGCAUCCUCAAGAAAACAUAGUUGCUGUUGCUGCAACUAAUAAUUUAUAUCUCUUCCAAGAAAAGUUUUAAUAAAUGAAAGAAUGUACAGAUGAAUCAGUUUUUCAUCGCAUACUGGCAGAUAUCAGGUUGGAGAACAUUGAUUUGAACACAAUUCCAUAAAUCUGUUAUAUUAGCAACAAUGGACCCAAUACUUCUAUAUUGCUGAUGUGAAAAGUCUCAGAGUUGCAAGAAAAUGCAACCGGUAUAGUAAUAAUUGUUUUAGUUAAUGCAGCUGGUGGUCACAAGUGUUCAAAGUGAAUUGUGAAGAGAAUAAUGCCUCCAUCAAUGUGAUUAUUUGUAACAGAUUGUCUUGUGGAUCUUUGGGCUAUUCAUCCCAACUUACCUUCCUGUUAUUCCUGUGCCUUCUGCUCAUAUUUUAGGCUUCACAGGGUUUGCCCAUUGAUCUUCAGCAGUUGUGUCCACUCUCAGCAAGCCAAAGUCACUGAUGCCUGCCGGAGAUACUCUGUGAUUAUCUCCUCCCUAACCUAGUUUGCUGCCUCCCUUGUGCCAUUUGUGUAUCACUUCUCAAAUUGUGAAAAAUUUGUAAACAAAACGUGUGAUGAUGUAACUAUUGAUACAAGUUUCGGAGAGAGUGUUGCAUAUGAAUGUAUGUGCAGAAGUGAUAGGAUUUGAUUGCGUGAUUGCAAGAACACAUCAAACUGUAAAAAAUGUAAAUAAUAAAAAGAAAGCUUGCAUGAUUUUUAAAAUGGAGCAUUUUUUCCUCGGCCUCUCACAUGCAAAGUUCAAGUGAGUAUCCGACGUUGCGAGCACAAUGAAUUCUAUUUUGGGGCCAUAGCUUAAUUACAAGGGUUCCAUGCCGAGCAUUGUGGCAUUCAGAGGGAGAUCAAUUCUUGUCAUGAAAGAAGCCAUAAUGUUUUGUCUUCCAAUGUGUUCAUACCAAGUCAUUUUAGAAAUAGUUUGUCAACCAUUAUCAUAAAAAUAUCCAGACAAGAAAAUAAAAUCCAUUUCAUUGGUAAAGACAGUCCAAGAAUGUAGUUAUGCAUCUGUUUGACGUUCAGGCAGUUAUUUUUUCUUGUAUAUUUAUGCAAAUGAACAAGCAGUAUGUCAGAUAAAUAUUAGGCUAAAAGUUUAAGUACAAGAUGUCCAAAUAAGUACUUUAACCCUCUGAUGCGUAAACGUUUUAAAGCGUUUCUUUCACAGAACCUUCAAAGCACAAAAUAUCUGUUAUAUUAGGUUUUAGGUGAACUUUAUAAAUAAAAAGCUACACAUGUAUAGGCAAUCAUAUUUUAAGUUAAAAGAUUAUAGUACAAAAAUAUUUAAAUUUAUGGUCACAGCAUUCCAUUUGAAAAGAAAAAUUAUACUUCAAAAUUUCAUACAAUUAUAGUGAAAUGUGUGUCAAAGGAUUAAAUUGGCUAGCAUUAUUAUGAAAUUUAUAGUUCUUAUAUGGACUUCUUGUAUAAAUAACAUCCAAGAUCUAAAAUGUAUUUAAAAUUUUAUAUUUUAUAGAACAUUGUAAAUUAUAAAAAGAGGGCAUAUUCAUAAAUCCAUCAUUUUAGUCGUAGAAGAGUGCAAUAAUAUAUCUUAAUAUAGAACGUUUAAUAAA